AUGGAGUUCUUGGUGCACAAUAUCUCGCACUCGGACCUAGUAGUAGAGCUCUCGUGGCUACGAGCAAAGAAUGGUGACAGCACUAGCAGCAGAAAUGGCCCAUCAGUACCGACGGCUCAUGAGUCUGUAGCCAGCGUAAAUGUAAACGGUGUCUCUGUGCCGCUGUCAAUUUUAGGCCGACCAAAGUUUAGUCUCUUCCAACAGACAAGUCAACAGAUCCUGGAACGUGUGCAGCAACUCCAACAUCCUAAGCAUGAGAAGACACACGUGGCUGCAGUCUUGACUGUCCCUGAGUUACCGCCGUCACUAUUGCAUCCAAGUCUUCUGGACAUUCAAGGUGAGCGCUGGAAAGUGCAGUGUCAAGACACACAGUCGCCCAUUGGCUUUAACUUGGUAGAUGCUCCAAUAAUCAUCAGUAAUGAAGAAGUACUGCGAGAUUUUCAAUUGCGCGGUGAGAGAGAGACCAUGAGACUUGUGGAGCAACAUUGGGAUCAAGUGGGUAUUACAGCCGUGUACUUUCCUUUAGUGGCACUGCUGUUGCCCAAGUGGAUGCAAGUGUUGAAAGAAUUUCAGUCUCAAAACAGUCGACAACUUGUAUAUCUCAUUAGUGGAGCCGGCAUUCCACGCAAUAUGGCGCAUUCGCGCAAUGAUAACUCGACAGAGAUGACGGCACAGCUCAUUACGCUCUUUAUACACCAGUAUUACCCCCACAUGACUGCAAUUCAAGUGCAUUCAGGGUCAAAUAUCUUUCGCUUUGACGACAAUGUGCAAUUCAUGACACGAGAGCUGAGACCAUUACUAGAGGCACAGCGAGAGACGCUCGUGGACCGAUGUGGUGAGGCAUGGAAGGCGCAUUUUCAUGUUACAAUUGCGUAUGCCGAUGGACCUCCAGCGCGACUGAGUGCGUUGAAUGCUUCCCUACGUAUUUACAAACCGUCAUACCUGCAUAUUUGGCAACUCAAGACGUUUUGGCAUGAACGCAAACUGUCGAUUGUAGACGUGGACUUUCAUUCAUUUGAGAAAAUCGAGGCAUCGCCGUUGGUGGCGCCAAGCAAGGCUGAUGCCAUGACGCAGAUGAUAGUGCAUGAGAUGAGAGCGUUUCGUGACCAGUUCCUCUCAGCUGAGGGUAAAGGCGAGGUGGCCAGCUUCUGGUUACGCAAGUCGCGCAAGCCCGUACUUGCCGUGCUUCUUAUUGAAAAACCAGCUACGGAAGCAGGAGAGCGUCCUAAAAUUGUGGUACAGCGAGGAAUGAAUUGCGAGGUGUCCAUGCCGACUGGAUCGUUGUGUGCAGAGCGCAAUGCCAUUGGCAGCGCGCUGGCGAACGAUCCGACGAUAACUCGUCGCGCCAUAAAGAUGAUUGCCGUGCUGGGCUUAAACCUCCCCGCGGAUGGUAUUGACACCGUUGCCAGCAGUUUUGUGCCGGCGGAAAACACCGAGCGAGAUGAUUGUACACUGCAAGAUAAUGGCAAGAAGAUGAAGCGAUCUCAAGUGCAGUUUAGCGCUGCAUUAGACACAGCAACUUCAAGCUCAAGUGAGUCUGGCUCAACUGCAGAUCUUAUCAAGUCUGUAGGUCCAGAGCUACCUGUCCGUCCGAUUUGUCCUGCUACCGUCCAGUGCUCAUCAGAGAAAGCAUCGAUCCUGACUGCCGAAACUGUGCAGCGUAGCGCCAAUGAUACAGUCCGAGGACUUGAAGAACGCAGCCACGAGCAAUUGAAUGCCAACCUGGACUCUUCAAGAAAACCCAAGCGGCCACGCACGUUCUCACUCGACGAUGUAGCCGUGGAAGAGAUGAUGCGUCGGUGCGCACCACCUGAUCGGAAUCCACUGGCACCAUGCGGAGCCUGCAAGGAGUGGCUGGUAAAAAUUGCUGAAGCCAAUCCAUCGUUCCGCGUGGUUACAUUCGAGAACUCACGAUGUCGCAAUGUCUACAUCAACCAGAUCAGUUGA